AUGACAACCUUGGUGAAAUGCCUGAUGGCCAGACAGCUAAAAUUAGAUGAAAAGUAUCCUCCUACCUGUUGUGCAACAAGUGAUGUUGUGCUGUAACCCACUGCUGAACCAACAAAUUGGAAACAAUUCAUAGCAUCAAAGACUUCAGACUGAUGCAGCCUAUCAAGUCUUCAAGCACUGUGAACUGAAACUACAAAUCUUGGAGUUUGUCACCUGGGUCAAAAGGAAUGCUUUUCUGAUAUUAACGAGGACUGUUACUGCCAUUAUGACGAGCCAGGAGAAGUGGCUUAACCUUAGUCCUGGAGAGUUCUCUCAGCUUCAGAAAUACGCCGAAUAUUCCACUAAGAAAAUUAAGGAUGUCUUAGAAGAGUUCCAUGGCAGUGGUGUGUUAGCAAAAUAUAAUCCUGAAGGGACAAUUGAUUUAGAGGGAUUCAAGCUGUUCAUGAAGACUUUUCUGGAGGCAGAGCUACCUGAUGAUUUCAUUGAGCAUCUUUUUACAUCAUUUAGCAACAAAAUCUCUCACUGCAGCCCAUUAAUAAAAAACAAACCCCCGCUCCUUUCUGGAGUUAAAGUGUCUGAAGAAAGAUGGAAACAGAUGCCAGGUCUGAGACUUAACAAAGGUACCUCUACAUCCCGACCUCCUACACCUGCCAACUUGAAUUUACCAGAUGCGAUCCAGCUGAAAGACAUUGUUUGUUAUUUAUCACUGCUAGAAAGAGGAAGACCUGAAGACAAGCUAGAAUUUAUGUUUCGUUUAUAUGAUACAGAUGGAAAUGGAUACUUGGAUAGUUCGGAGCUGGAAAAUAUCAUUGCACAAAUGAUGCAUGUGGCAGAAUACCUUGAAUGGGAUAUUACUGAACUGAGCCCGAUUCUUCAUGAAAUGAUGGAAGAAAUUGACUAUGAUCAUGAUGGCACUGUUUCUCUAGAAGAGUGGAUCCAAGGAGGAAUGACAACAAUCCCACUCUUGGUCCUUCUUGGAUUAGAGAAUAAUGUAAAAGAUGAUGGGCAGCACGUAUGGAGACUGAAGCACUUUAACAAGCCUGCUUACUGUAAUCUUUGUUUGAACAUGCUAAUCGGAGUAGGCAAGCAGGGCCUCUGCUGUUCUUUUUGCAAGUAUACAGUCCAUGAACGCUGUGUCUCAAGAGCUCCCGCGUCUUGCAUCAAAACAUAUGUGAAGUCCAAAAAGAAUACUGAUGUAAUGCACCAUUUCUGGGUGGAAGGAAAUUGUCCAACAAAAUGUGAUAAAUGUCAUAAAACCAUAAAAUGUUACCAAGGUUUGACUGGACUUCACUGUGUUUGGUGUCAGAUCACAUUACAUAAUAAAUGUGCUUCACAUCUAAAGCCUGAAUGUGACUGUGGACUUUUGAAGGACCAUAUUUUACCACCCACAUCAAUCUGCCCAGUAGUAUUGGAAAGGCAGGCAACGGUGAAGAAAGAAAAGGGUUGUCCGCAGCAAAUGAACAAACUGGGAGAACGAAACAAAAUGCAGAGAGCAAAUUCCAUCACUGUAGAUGGACAAGGUCUUCAGAUCACUCCAGUUCCAGGCACUCAUCCACUUUUAGUUUUUGUCAAUCCUAAAAGUGGUGGAAAACAAGGAGAAAGAAUUUAUAGAAAAUUUCAGUACCUUUUAAAUCCUCGUCAAGUUUAUAGUCUUGCUGGAAAUGGACCAAUGCCAGGGUUAAAUUUUUUUCGAGAUGUUCCUGAGUUCAGAGUACUAGCAUGUGGUGGAGAUGGGACGGUAGGCUGGAUUUUGGAUUGCAUAGAGAAGGCAAACUUGCUUAAGCAUCCUCCAGUUGCAAUUCUGCCUCUUGGGACUGGCAAUGAUUUAGCAAGGUGUCUGAGAUGGGGAGGAGGUUAUGAAGGUGAAAAUUUAAUGAAGAUCUUAAAAGACAUUGAGAACAGCUCUGAGAUUUUGCUGGACAGGUGGAAAUUUGAAGUAAUGCCGAACGAUAAAGACGAGAAAGGAGACCCAGUGCCUUACAACAUCAUCAAUAAUUACUUUUCAAUCGGCGUGGAUGCUUCAAUUGCCCACAGAUUCCACAUCAUGAGGGAAAAACAUCCGGAGAAGUUCAACAGUAGAAUGAAGAACAAAUUUUGGUAUUUUGAAUUUGGCACUUCGGAAACUUUCUCAGCCACCUGUAAGAAGCUGCAUGAAUCUGUAGAAAUAGAAUGUGAUGGGAUUCAGCUAGACUUGAUCAAUAUUUCUCUGGAAGGAAUUGCCAUUCUGAACAUCCCAAGCAUGCAUGGUGGAUCAAAUCUGUGGGGGGAGACAAAGAAAAGACGCAGCCAUCGUCGGACAGAAAAGAAGAGAUCAGAUAAAAGAACCACAGUCACAGAUGCGAAGGAACUGAAGUUUGUAUGCCAAGAUCUUAGUGACCAGCUUAUGGAAGUAGUUGGUCUGGAAGGAGCCAUGGAGAUGGGUCAAAUAUAUACAGGUCUGAAAAGUGCUGGAAGAAGGCUUGCCCAGUGCUCAUCUGUUGUCAUCAGGACCAGCAAGUCUCUGCCUAUGCAGAUAGAUGGGGAACCUUGGAUGCAAACCCCCUGCACGAUAAAAAUUACCCACAAGAACCAAGCCCCUAUGUUGAUGGGUCCUCCUCCAAAAACUGGUCUUUUCUCUUCUAUCAUCAAAAGAACAAGGCACCACAGCAAGGAAUAAGUGUGUGUAGUUUAGUUUUUAGAAAAUCAAUUAGCUUUGUUGGGCUUUGGAAUAUUUAUGCUGGAAAUCUUUCAAAAAUUUUAGAAUAUCUUCUACUUGCAAAUUCAUGGAUUUUCAUUUAAUAGUUUCUGUAACUGAGCUAAUGUAAAACUAUGCUAUUAGAAAAAAAGUUAUUGUCACAGGUUUGUAGGCAUUUUGCAUGAAGAAAGCAGAUGUUUACAUAAGAUGAUACAGCAUUUUUUUUGUUGUUGUUGUUGCAUGAAGUACCAUUUAUUAAUCUAUGAGAUAAUUCUGCCAUGGAAUAUAGGAAGAGAAUGCCAUGGGUAAUUUGAUUUUCUCUCCUUUGCAUUUCUAUUUUUUUGUGUGUGCUUUUUUCUAUUAUAAUGAUCAUUUGCAAUAAGUUCAGUAGCGUCUCUUGAAUCAAACAUCUCCACAUCAAUAACCAAUGAGACCUGGUUCAGAGUAAAGUUUAUUACUGGUCUCAUUAACUUUUUCUUAUAUUUUAUCAUUUGUUUCUACCCUGAGAAUAUUUUUAUUCAGCUAAGUAUUCAAAUCUUAAAUCUUAUUCUGAUAACUCCUAUGUAUGUAACUGUACCUGCUGAAAACUUAAAAUUCAUUGUAUGCAAUAUUCAAAUGAUUAUGAUUGUUCUUGUGUAGGUUUUUGCAAGACUUGAAGUUUGAGUAAAAAUUAUCUGGUUAAAGAGAUCAUUCAAAUAUUGAAGAUAAUAGUAUUUGCAAAAGUAGCUAUCAGUGUCAUUUGUUGAAACACUAGAAUCAUUUUCAUGAGCAAUACAUCUCUGGAGCAUAGCAAACUUUAAAUCAUUCUGCAUUAUUGACCAAUAGUAUUGCGUGUAUGCACACAAAUAACCAAAGCUCAUGCUUAAUAAAGUGCAUUUCCCACCAAAGAUUUAGUGAAGGAUACUUAGGAGAAAUAGAUUAAUUCAUAACUAAUCAAGAUCACUGGAGUAGACUCACCUCUGAAAAUUUAGAGUUCUUUUGAUUAUGUCGGCAAUGUCCUGACAAAUGUUGGGAUGGGAAAAAAAAAAAAAACAAAAACAUUAAAUUGCAAAGAAAUAAUUUUCAUCUAUUUCAUAAGCUGAUAAACGCAUAUUCUAAAUAUUGAAACAUACAUAGUUUAAACAUUGGAAAAUUAAAUAUAUGUCUAAUUUUAUUUUAAUUAUUAUUUAUAUAUCUAUGCUAUCCAUAGUUUACUUGUCCUAUGAAUUAAUAUAUUAAGGAAAGGAUAAACUGGUAUCCAUUUCCCUUUCGUAGUCUGUUGCCUGGAAUAAAAACAUCUCUUGUAAUAAAUUUGGGGGAAAAAAUUUUCCAGAUUUUUACUUAGCCCUCUGAGAGACUUCCUAACAGCUUAGAAAUCAUAAUACAGGGAUUUGUCUGAGGUUUGCACAACACUGUCUAAUGUUGAAGGGAAGUCCAAGAAUGGCAACUUUUUUUAGUCUUGCAUAUCAACAGGCUCAAUCAAAACUUCUGUGCAGUCUUAACAUUGUUCUUUGCUCAGAGUGAGCUGCUUCUCAUCUCUGCAUGUCUUAAGUUCUCAGAAAUUUCAUCAAAAAAAGACAAAAAAAGUAAAACUUUGCGUGAAAUGCAUGAUUUGCCAUUUUUAUCUAGAUUUUUAAAUGUUAAUGUUUAUUAAAUCUAUUUUUCUAUUGAUUCAUUUCUCCAUCAAAAAAUAUUAUUUGAUUGUUCUGUAGUGCACGAUACUGUGCAUGUACUUAAAGUUGAUAUAAUUUCUUCCUCAGUAAGAAUUCAACAGAACCCUAAUUUAUAUAAUAGAUGCCGAAAUAAAAGUCAGUAUAUAGUUGGUAACACUUAUGAUUUUGAAAUAUACAAUCAGUGUUCUGUAAACAUUAGGAGGUAAAUACUGAUUAAUGUUAUGUUCAGCAUUAGGUAGAAAAAUAGGGGGUUAAUUACUUUCUAAAAUUAAGAUCUUCUAGUUCCCCAUUCUUGGGUCCAGUGAUGGGUCCAAUUAGUUACCAUACUAGCGAACUCCUUUUUUUCCAGUGCAUUGCAAGCUUACAAACACAAAAGUAUUCAAUGCACAUGUUGACUGCAAAUAUAUGUGAUUAUAGAAGUAACGAUAUCUGCAAAGAGAAGGAACUUGCUGACAUAAUAUUACAUAAAGUGCACAUUGGUUUUAUGAAAUUAUAGGUGUUAUAUAGAGGUUAUAGGUGAUAUUUUCAGAUAAUUUGACAUAGGAUUUUCUACCAAUGCUCUUAACUUUUUGUGGCAAAGAUGUGUUUAAUGAUAAUAUAUAAUGUUCUCUGUGAUUAUCUC